UGACGCUUCUCGGAAGAAAGCGCUCAUACACGUCAACAGGAUGAGAACAGCAGUUGGUCGGUUUGCCCGGCUGCUGCUUGGCGCCACUCUGGUGUGCACGCUACUGGCGACAGCAGCAUGCAAUGCACAAGACGACCCCAUCGCCAUCUCGCUCCGUGAAGGAGAAUCCACUGACGUCGAUGUCUUUGUGGAUGGCCUUGAUCAAGUGUACCUCACCGGCACCUCGCAAACUGCAACUUGGAGCACCCGCGCGCAAGCUUCAAACUUUGCGGUUGUGCCACUGAGAUCGGUGAACACGGCAAGGAGCCCGGCAAGCGUGGUGUGCUCGUGGCCAGAGCCGGGCACGCAACUGCACAUUGUCUCCGAGCAAGGCGUGGGCACAGGUUCCGUGAACGUGUACGACGCCACGACGCUUGAGCUGGUGCAGACGCUUGUCGUCUCCGACAAGCCCGCUGGUUUGUGUCGCGCGCGCGUGGGUGGCGUUGAGCAUCUCGCUAUCGCCAACACGCGAACAGGCAACGACUUUGCGACCAAAUCGAACGUGUACGCGUGGGACACGACUACGCAGCAGUUUGUGCUGUUGCAGCGCGUGUCCACGGUGGGCGCAUCCGCAUGUGCGUUUGCGCAGCGGGGCGAUGCGACGACGCUCAUAUUCUCCAACUCGCAGGACAACAGCGGCAACACCAACUUGGCCUCGCCCGUGCUCCGCUUCAACGCCACGCUCGGUGCAUACGUGCAGGUGCAGGAGUUGGCGACGCAGGGCGCGACAGACGUCACCGCCGUCCACGUCCCCGCCAACAGCGCUGUCGAUGACCAGGAUCACGUCCUGGUUGUGCUCGCAAACAAGUACGACUCGCAGCAGGCGUCGUUCGACACGCCAAGCAGCGUGUGGCGCAUGCAGGCUGACGGCACCUUUGCGCCCAUGCUCACGCUCGCCACCUCUGGUGCAGAGUCUGUGUCUGCUGUCUGCCAGCCGUCAUCCAGCAUUGCCGGUGACUGCGACCUGACAGUUGCGCUUGUUGCCGAUCAAGGCAGCACCGUGGCCAUCUUCCGUCUUCUCAACGCCCACACCGCCAUCACGGCUGCAGCCACGACGGCCACUGCCGCACCCAUGCAUGUGGGCCACACCCAAUCCAUUGCUCUCGACACGGAAAACAAAGUGGCUGUGCACGCCCUCCUCUUCACCGUGGGCUCACCAAUGGCCCAACAACAGCAGCAACAACAGCAACAACAGCAACAGCAGCCUCUUGGGCUGUUUGUGUCUGUGGAGCGGCUGGCUGCAAUCGAGUACCAGUUUGACGCUGACGUGAAUGCGUUUGUGGACGUGAGCGAGGUGUCUGCCAUCACGCACGCGGUUGCAGCUGUGCAGUGCAGCCCGCAGCAGCUGGCAGUGGUGACGGCCGGCUCCGUCUCCCUCUCCUCGGACGGCACGCUUGAGGACGUGGCGCUCACCCCCAUUGCUGAGACUAGCACCGACCUCUACUUUGGCGAUCGGGGCGACAUCCUCCCUGCCGUUGCAACAGCAACAGCAGCUGUGCUGGAGGUGCACCUGACACCGUCGUCGUCGUCGUCGUCGUCGUCGUUUGCCGUGAGCAUCACGGCUGUUGCCGAUGCCGUGGUUGAGGGCGACGAGACAGCAACGCUGCAGCUGCUGGAUGCAAACGCAACUGUGCUGCGCACCUGGUCCCUCACCGUGCUCGACAAUACCAAGGACAUGCUCUUGGACAUGCGCGUCAACGCGACCGUGGAAGAGAACGCCAGUGCAGGCACGCUUGUGUUGCCCGCAAGCAACGUGCGCCUGGACACAAGCGGUGUCAGCGGGGGCAAUGCGGCCGUGGCCUUUACCAUCCAAGGCGUGUCCUCAGCCCUCUUCAGCGUCAAUGCUGACACGGGCGCCAUCUCCACGGCCACGCCCCUCGACAGGGAGACGCAGAGCACGUAUGUCGCCACGCUCAUUGCCACGGACACAGCCACGGGCCAGACUGACCGCAUGCAAGUGGUCAUCAGCGUGCUCGAUGUCAACGACAACACGCCGCAGUUUGAGUCCAGCAUGUACAUUGUCGAGGUGGACGAAGGGCAGCCCGUGGGCGCACACGUGCUGACGGUGCAAGCUGUGGACGAUGACGCGAACAGCAACGGCGUGAUCGACUACUCCAUCGUGGGUGACGCCGCCGCACUGCAGACCUUCGCCAUUGACGCGUCCACGGGCGCCAUCACAGCCAUGCGCACGUUUGAUGCGGAGGACACGGCAUCGCAGCAGCUGUUUAACUUUGACGUCUUUGCCCGCGACCGCGCCGGUGCCAACAGCCGCACCUCGUCCACGAAGGUGUUUGUUGUCGUGCGCGACACGAACGACAACGCCCCCGUCUUCCGCGAGGGCACCGCGUUGUCGCUCGCCGUGGCCGAGGACGUGGCCGUGCCCACCCUGCUCACCACCGUCAGCGCUGCCGACGCCGACAACACGUCGCCCAGCAACCUGGUGCAGUACUCGCUCGUCUCUGCAGACAGCACACCAAGCGCGGACGCGGCGUUUGACGUGGACGCGACGACGGGCGCGGUGACAGUGACGUCGCCACUCGACCGCGAGGCAACCGCUGCUUACACGCUCAUCGUGCUGGCAAGUGACCUGGGCACACCUGCGCAGACGGCAUCGCUCAACAUCACGGUGACAGUUGGUGACGUGGACGACAACGCGGCUGUUGCUGCAAUGGACCGCGUUGCCCUGACCGUCUCCGAGGCAGACGCACCCGGCACCGUGCUCACCACCAUCGCCACCACGGACGCCGACACCACCACGACCGCGCCACGCUUCUACCUGGCGAACGGCGAUGCCACCACAACGGCAGAAUCGCUGCUGGCGGUUGACCGUGCGACGGGCGUCGUGUCGCUCGUGCAGAGCAUUGACCGCGAGGCCGUGACGUCGCUGCAGGUGACGAUCGUUGUUGAGGAUCCGUUCCACGGCGUCAACACCACCACGCUGCUCACCAUCACAAUCGCCGACGUGAACGACGUGGUGCCCACCGUCACUGCACCGCGCGCCGCUGUGAACGUGAGCGAGGACACGCCGGUUGGCACGCUGGUGACGCGCGUGGUUGCCGUCGAUACAGAUACGCCGCCCAACGCCAACCUCUCCUUUGCGCUCCUGUCGGACUUUAGCGACAGCGAUGCGUUUGCCGUGGACGCGCGCACAGGCGAGGUGACGCUGGUGGCACCGCUCAACUACGAGGCGAAGCAGACACACUCCCUUCGCGUGCAAGUGCGCGAUCGCCCUGCUUCCACCAGUACCAGCACCAAUGACGUGAACACGGUGCAGCACACGGUGACGAUUGCAGUAGUUGACGUCAACGACGAGCCACCGCGCGUGCUCCAGUCAUCCCUGGCGGCGACGGUGCAGGAGGAGCUGCCUGCCAGCACUGUCGUGGUUGCCUCGCUUGGCUUCUCCGAUGCCGACACAACGCCCGCCUUCUCCACCCUCACAUACACCGUGAGCGAGCCGACAAUGUUUGCGGUGGUGCAGGACGGUGACACGGGCGACGCUUCCCUUGUGCUUGCACGUCCGCUCGACAGGGAGACGGAUGGCGAUGCCGUGACUGUGACGGUGACGGCAUCAGACGGGCUUGCCGCUGCUGAUGUCACGGUCGCCGUCACCAUUGCGGACAUCAACGACAAUGCCCCCGUGUUUACGGGACCGCCACCGGCGCGCCUGGACGUGGCUGAGCACACCGCUGUCGGCACGGUCGUGCAAGAGCUUGUGGCGACGGACGCCGACCAGGCCAACACGCCGGCCUCUGCUGUCCGCUACAACAUCACUGGCGGAGCGUUUGCGCGCUUCUUCACCCUGUCGCCAACGACGGGGGCGCUUGCCGUUGCUGCUGACAUUGACCGCGAGGCCCUGGCUGCACAGGCCAUCACGGGCGACGUCGUGGUGACCGCAUACAACCCGGGAAGUGACCUGGCAUCCACACACACCAUGCAGGUGACCAUCGCCGACAUCAACGACAACACGCCCGUGUUUGAGUUUGCGCAGUACAACGCCACGAUUGCGGAGGGCGAGCAGGGCGUGGUGGUGGCCACCGUCACCGCCACGGACGCGGACGCCGGCGACAAUGCGCGAGUGCAGUAUGAGCUUGAUGUGGCCUCGCGCGCGCUCUUUGCGAUUGAUGCGGCCACGGGUGUGAUCACCACCCGCACCAGCAGCAUCGACUUGGAGACGGACGCGCAGGCGACAUACAUGCUGUCAGUGACUGCGCGGGACGGCGGUGCCAGCAGCCGAUCCUCCACCGCACAUGUGCGCGUGUUUGUCACGGACGCCAACGACGUUGCCCCGCGCUUUGAGCAGAGCACGUACACGGUGACCAUCUCGGACGUGCAGGAGGGCCCAGUCGCCCUGGCCCGUGUCAGUGUUGUUGACGGCGAUGUGUCGCUUGUCAACCGCAUCACAUCCGUUGCCAUCACAGCCCCAUCGCCACCAUCGCCAUCAUCGACGGUGGAGAGCGCCCUUGCCGGCGCGUUUGCAGUCAACACGACGACGACCGCAACAGAGAACGUGUUUGACGUGGUGUUUGUUGGUCCGCUGCCGGAGGCCGUGCGCGGGGCCAUGACGGUUCGCCUGUCGCUUGUUGCCGCCAACACAGCUGCACCCGAGCUGACCGGCAGCGCCGUGCUGGACGUGGUCGUGGUCGCCACCAACAAGUUUGUGCCCGUGUUUGUGUCCGGUGAUGACGGACCGGCAGAGGCGGGCCCCAUAUCCGCCACCACGCAGCAUGUGCUUGAGGACGCGGCGCUGGGAUCCGUUGUCGGUACCGUGUAUGCGGUGGACGGCGACGUCGGCAGCGAGGGUGAGAUUGCGUUUGCGUUCGCCACGGGCAACGAUGCCGGCGCGUUUGCACUUACCCCUGCUCGUGUGGUGGUUGUUGCCGUACCUGGCAUUGCCGAGCCCGUCACGGUGUAUGCAAGCAACAUCACGGUCGCGCCCCGCGGCCCAGGGCUGGACCACGAGGCUGUUGCUGUGCACAACCUGAUGGUGACGGCGACAGACCAGGGCGUGCGCCAGGCCACGGCGACGCUCAACGUCACGGUUGAGGUUGGCGACGUCGACGACAACGCACCCCGCUUUCAGCAGGGCGUGUACGCGCACACCGUGGCUGAGGAUGCUGUCGUGGGCACGGUGCUGGUGACCGUCGCAGCAAGCGACCCGGACACGGGUAUCAACGACCCACUCACGUAUGACCUCUACAUUACAGGCUCUCACAACCCGUUUGCCAUCAACGCCACCACGGGCGAGGUGACGCUCGCGGCACCACUGGACUUUGAGCAGACGCCAUCAUACUCGUUCCGCGUGCUUGCCUUCAGCGGCAACUCGCCCCUCAUUUCCUCCGCGCGGGUGGACGUCACAGUCACCGAUGUCAACGACAACACGCCGGUCAUCACCAACAUGCCGCCCGGUGCGCGCCUGGAGGUGUCGGAGGGCGUUGUUCCCGUGCAGCAGCUGUACAACUUUGCAGCCACAGAUGCAGACAGCGGCGACAACGCUGCGCUCACCUUUACGCUCGUAUCGGUAGCCGCAAAGCCGCGCACCAAUACAGCGGCAUCCAACAGCAGCGUUAGCAUGGGAGGUGAUGGCGGCGAGACGUGGACGAUGCUGGCGCCCGAUGGCAGUGGUGCAAACCCGUUCUUCCUUGAGCCGGCCUCGGGCGUGCUGGUGGUGCAGUCGGCGGUGGACAGCGAGACGUAUGCCGAGUACCGCUUGCUGGUGCGCGUCAGCGAUGCUGGGUCUCCGUCACCCCGCAGCGUCGACUUCAACAUCACCGUCGCCAUCCUGGACGAGAACGACAACGCGCCCGUGUUUGUUGACGCCGAUGGCAGUGCCACUGAUGGUGCUGUUGGCUACGUAUUCAACGUGUCUGAGAAUACGUCGGCACCAGCCGCCGCUGGUCGCGUGUAUGCACCUGACGCCGAUGCUGGCGACAACGGCGCCGUUGCCUUUGCCAUCGACAACACAGCCGCCUUGCUGCCGUUUGUCAUUGAUGCGCAGACGGGCGUGAUUUCCGUCAGCAGCGCCCUGGACCGCGAGGAUGUGGGCGCAUACACGUUUGUUGUCGUGGCCACGGACCAAGCUAGCAACGCAGAUGACAGGCAGGUGGCGACCACAACCGUGGUGGUGAACGUGCUGGAUGUCAACGACAAUGACCCCGUGUUUGACACUGCCGCACCGCCGGCGCGCGUGUCUGUGAACGAGAACGGCAACACGCCCCGCACCGUGACAGCGUUCAUUGCGCGAGACGCUGACGAGGCGACCACCCUCGCCUUUGCCAUUGUUUCCGUGCAGCCGGCUGAGCUUGCGUCGUCGCUGUCGCUCAACGCGGCCACGGGCGAGCUGACCCUGCUUGCGCCCCUGGACUACGAGACCCACACGGAGGUCACCGUUGUCGUGUCUGUCAGCGAUGGCGGCGCGAGCGGGACUGGCGUGGACGCAGCUGCAGCACGCAUGGCGCAGCGCAGGCUGGUGCUGGACGUUGUCGACGAAAACGACAACGCACCUGUCGUGACGGUGGACGGUGGCAAUGCCGUUGCGGACGGCACGGAGCUGUCGUUUACCGUGCAGGAGGAAGCAGGCGUGCGCACUGCUUUGACUGCCGUGAACGUGACAGACGCAGACAGCGCGCCCAACGCACAGCCGACGCUGAGGAUCGACACAGCGUAUGCACAGGCAAGCAUGUUCUCGAUUGUCGACGGCGUGCUGUACAUUGCCAGCACGGACAGGGAACAGCGGGAGGUGUACGCGGCACGUGUGGUGGCGAGCGACGUCGGCACCACACCGCAGCAGCUGUCCACGUCCUUCACCGUUCGCGUGGUGAGCACGGACAUCAACGACAACGCCCCGCGCUUUGCACAGCCGGCGUACGGCCCCAUCAACCUGGUUGAGAACCGCCCUGCUGGCGAGCACGUGGUGACGGUGCAGGCGACCGAUAUCGACGCGGGCGACAACGCAGUGGUGGUGUAUACGCUUGCAGACACAUUUGAUGGCCGGUUUGCCAUCAACGGCACUAGUGGGGCCAUCACCACGACCGCCAGCCUUGAUCGCGAGGCGGCACCAAACGGGUAUGUGCUGGCGGUGGUGGCUGCCAACCUGAACGACGCGACUGGCCCGUCCUCCGCUGUCAACGUCACUGUGCACAUCACGGACAUCAACGACAACCCGCCCGUGUUUGAGCAGCAGAGCUACGCUUUCACCGUGGCGGAGGCGGACGGUAGCACCGCUGGCGUGACCGGUGCAGCGAACAACAACGACAACGCCGUGCAGUUUGUGGGCACGGUGCGUGCCACCAGCGCGGAUAUUGGCGACAACGCCCGCAUUGUGUAUGCGCUUGCAGGCGGCGACACGGAUGUCCUGCGCAUCAACGCGACCACGGGUGCCAUGUACACGCGCCGUGCACUUGACCGCGAGACACAGGACACGUACCAGGUGCAGGUGACGGCAGCAGACGUGAGCGCCACGCCGCUGGUGACCAGCGUCACCGUGACGCUGCAUGUCCUGGACAUCAACGACAACGCCCCCGUGUAUGCGCAUGGCGACUUUACAUCUGUUAUAGUGCUGGAGGACGCGGCGCCAGGCACGCCCAUUGGCGUGCAGGUGGCAGCCCGUGACGCUGACCUGGGCGGCAACGGCACCGUGGCGUAUGCUAUUGUGGCCGGCAACACCAACAGCGACUUUGCCGUGGACCCUACCACGGGUGUCGUGUCUGUUGCGCGGCGCCUGGACUUUGAGAGCGUUGUUUCCUACACGCUUACGAUGCGCGCGUCGGACCAAGGCACACCGCAGCCCAAGACUGCGGACGUGCUGGUGGUCGUAUCGCUGGUGGACGCCAACGACGAGGCGCCCGUCUUCAACGCCGAUGUCGGCGCGCAGGUGGUCGCGGAGAAUUUGCCUGCAGGCAAGGUUGCGGCCGCGCCGUUUGCCACCGAUGCGGACAUCACGGCCGGGUUCAACCGCGUGUCGUACUCUAUUGUGGGCGGAAACGCCGCGGGCCUGUUUGCAAUUGACGCGGCAACUGGUGUCGUGCGGACCACGGGCCCUCUGGAUCGUGAAACCGAUGCUGCAUACAACCUGACGGUGCAGGCGGCAGACAACGGCGAGCCGCCCCUCACGGCCACGGUGGCUGUGCCCGUGGUGGUGGGCGAUGUCAACGACAACGCGCCCGUGUUCACCAGCAACGCCUACUACGCGUGGUCUGUAUCCGAGGAUGCGGCACCCAACACGCUGCUGGGCACGGUUGCUGCGAGUGAUGCCGACGCCGGCGCAAACGCCCGCGUCACGUACUCGCUCAUCAAUGCCACCGCGCCCCUGUUUUCCGUGGAUGCGACCACGGGCGAAGUGCGGCUGACGGGCGGACAGCUUGAUCGCGAGACCGCGGAGACACACACGCUCGUGGUGCGCGCGCGUGACAGCGGCGCACCCGUGCAGCUGUCCACGGACGCAACCAUUGUGCUCACGGUGCUUGAUGUCAACGACAACGCCCCCGUGUUUGUUGACCUGCCCAUGCAAGUGUCGGUGUUUGAGAACGCCACCACAGCCGACGUUGUGUUGCGUGUCUCCAGCACGGACGAAGACGUGGGCACAAACGCACAGGUGGAGUACACGCUGCGAGCUGCCAAUGAGGUCUCCGCGCCAGAGCCACUCGCCUUUACGAUUGGCCGAUUCACUGGCGAGGUGACGCCCGUGGGCGCGCUGGACUUUGAGAUGCACCAGACACACACACUUGUUGUUGUUGCCAGCAACCCAGAUGGCCGCGAGACGACGGCAGUGGUGACGGUGAAUGUGGUUGACAUCAACGACAACAACCCCGUGUUUGUGGACACGGAUGUGCAGGCAACGCUUGUUGAGAACGCUGAUGUCGGCACCGCUGUUGCCAGUGUGAUGGCCACAGAUGCAGACAGCGCAGCCAACACGCACGUGUCGUACGUGCUCGCAGACUCGGAAGUGAACGGCGUGAGUGUGAGCUCCGUGUUUGCCAUCAACGCCAGCACGGGCGUCAUCACGACGCUGACAGCUCUGGACUACGAGCAGGACGUGCGCACGUACGUGCUUGAGGUGACGGCAAGCGACGGGCACAUGCCUGCACCCCGCAUGACGCUGCUGCCCGCACGUGUCACAGUGACCCUGACCGACGCCAACGACAACGCUCCCGUGUUUGACAACCUGCCUAUCUCUGGCACGUUCACCGCUGCGGUGAGCGAGGCGGCCACCACAGCAACGAGCGUGCUGAGCGUUGAGGUGAGCGAUGCAGACAGCGGCAACAACGCGCGGGUUGCUCUGGCGCUUGCUGGCACGGAUGCUUCUGUCUUUGCCGUUUCGCCAGCUGGCGUCAUCACCACAACUGCGCCGCUUGAUCGCGAGUCCAAGGCAGCGUACAGCUUUGAGGUUGUCGCCACAGACAACGUCGACGGUGCCAUGCAGAACACGGUCACCGCGACGGUGCUGGUGACGGUACUGGACGUCAACGACAACGCGCCCAUGCUCACAGCGGCGUCACAGGCGGCCACCAGCUUCCGCAUUGCGGAGAGCGCAGCGGUGGGCAGCGAGGUGUUUACAUAUGUGGCGACAGACGCAGACGAGUACCACGCCAGCGACAGCACCACCAGCACCAGCACCAACACCAACACCAACACCAACACCAACGGCGCUGUACGCUACGCGAUUGUGGGCGGCAACUUGGACGGUGCGUUUGCCAUCAACGCCACGUCUGGUAGGCUGUCUGUGGCAAAGCCACUGGACUACGAGACGUUUGUCACAUACACGCUGACCCUGGAGGUGGCGGAUGCAACGACGCUCGCCCUGGCAGAGGGUACGCCCGCGUCACCGUCAUUCCCGCCACCACAGCCCACAAACCGCGUGGCACUCACUGUGCGCAUCACCGUUGAUGAUGUGAACGACAACGCGCCCGCGUUCUCGCAGACGGCAUACGCUGCCUCUGUUCUGGAAAAUGCGGCCGUCGACACGGCCGUUGUGCGCGUGGCGGCACAGGACGCAGACGAGGAUGGCACGCAGGCUGUGCGCUUCUCGCUGGCCACACACGCAAGCGAGUUUGCGAUUGACGCUGAGACGGGCCAGAUCACCACGCGUGUGGUGCUGGACAGGGAGGCGGUGCCCGUGUACAGCGUUGUGGUCACCGCGACAGACAGCGCUGUGCGCAACCCGCUGUCCACCAACGUGACGGUGACAGUGGCCGUGGAUGAUAAGAACGACAACAACCCGCUUCUCAUCGGCGCACCAAGCGCACUCACCAUCUCCGAGGACACGCUGGUGGGCGCGCGCAUUGCCGUUCUCAACGCCACGGACGCCGACGUUGGGCCAAACGGUGACGUGACGUUUGCCUUUGUGGGUGCCCAGCGGUUUCUCGCUGUUGAUGCGCACACGGGCGUGAUCACGCUUGCGACGGCAUUUGACAGGGAGACGCAGGCUGAGCACACGUUCACGGUGCGUGCACAGGACGCGGGCCAGCCACCACGCUCCGACGUGGCCACGUUUACGGUCACCGUGGGCGAUGUCAACGACAACUCGCCCGCCUUUGUGACGCAGGACGGUGCGCGCUUCACGGUGAGCGAGCUUGCAGGCACGGGCACGCGCGUUGGUGGCGUGACAGCCACGGACGCGGACGCUGGCGAAAACGCCGCCAUCGCCUACAGCAUCGUCGCAGGCAACGAUGCUGGCUUCUUUGCCAUUGACACCGAGAGCGGGGAAGUGACGAUUGGCGGCGUGCUGCCGGCUGGAGCGUUUACGGGGCGGCCCAGUGCAGACCGCAGCGUCACGCUGACCAUUGAGGCAAGCAACCCCGCAAGUGCGCCGGCCCCCAGCGGUGCUGUCCCCUCGUCCACCCUGGACAUUGUGAUCGUGGUGGAGGAUGAGAACGACAACGCGCCCGUGUUUGUGGGUCUGGACUCCGCCUACGCUGUCGUGGAGAACAGCGCCGUCGGCACGCUCGUGUUCACGGCGCAAGUGACGGACGCUGACGAGGGCACCAACGCCGAUGUGACGUACGCGCUGGUGGCGGUCAGUGGUGCUGACAGCACGGCCGACACGAGCGGCGUGUUUGCAAUCGACAGCGCGAGCGGUGAGGUGCGCGUGCGGGGCGCGGUUGACCGCGAGGCGCAGGCAUUGUUCACACUCGUCGUCCGUGCAACCGAUGGUGGCAGCCCUGCGCUGUUCACUGACGCCACGGUCACGGUCGCGGUCACAGAUGAGAACGACAGCAGUCCGUCGUUUGUGCCAUCCUCCCUCACAGCCACCGUCCCUGAGACGAGCGCCGCUGCAGCAGCAGCUGCAGGUGGUGAUGGAGGCGCAAUGUCCGGUGACGUGGUCGUCUUGCAGCUGCGCGUGACAGACGCGGACGAGAACGACUCGGCCACAUUCAGCAUCACGGGCAGCAGCACUGGUACGGCGGAAGCGUUUGUGCUGAACGCCACCACUGGUGUUCUGGGCCUGGCGCGUUGGCUGGACCGCGAGCAGCACGCCGUGCACCGCCUCACAGUGCGGGCUGUGGAUGCUGGUGGCAACGUGGCCACCGCCACGGCCGUGGUGACGGUAUCGGACGUGAACGACAACGCGCCCCGCUUUGCCAGCGGCGUUGAGCGCCGCAUGGUUGCGGAGAACGUGGCCGGUGUCACGACGGUCGGCGUGUUCACGGCAACGGACGCGGACGAGGGCAGCAACGCCGCAGUCACGUAUUCGCUGGUGAGCACCACGCACCCCGGCGGCAACAGCGCGGUGCGCGUGGACGCAGACACGGGUGUGGUGCAGCUGACGCAGGCGCUCAACUUUGAGGAGACGACGCAGAUCAACGUGACGGUUGAGGCGCGCGAUGGCGGCAGCCCGGCCACGCUCGCGGCCCAGCUCGUGGUGGUGGUCACGGUGCAGAACACCAACGACAACGACCCCGUCUUUGACGCAGACACGAUUGAGGUGAGUGUGCGGGAGGGUGAGCCCAUUGGCACGCGCGUGCAUCGUAUUGUUGCGCGCGACGCGGAUGGCGACACGGUUGCGUACCGGAUCCUCACCUCCGGCACCACCUUCACCAUCGACCCAACAACCGGCUGGCUGAGCACCAACGCCGUGCUGGACAGGGAGGAGGAGGACGCGUAUGCGCUCACGGUGUCUGCAUCGGACCCUGGUGGGCGGCGUGCUGUGGCCACGGUGCUGGUGCGCGUGGUGGACGUGAACGACAACGCGCCCGUCUUUGAGCGCGAGAGGUACGAAGCAACCAUCAUCGAGAACUUCAACUUUGGCUCGACGGUGCUGACGGCGCGUGCGAGCGACCGUGACCUCGGCGCCAACGGCACCGCCGGCAUUGUGUACAGCAUUCGCGACGGCGCCGGCAGUAGCAACUUUGCCAUUGACAGCGCCACGGGUGACGUGCGGCCAACGACGGCAUUGGACCGCGAGGUGCUGCCCGUCAUCACGCUGACGAUUGUGGCGGAGGACGGUGGCGGCCUGCAGGGGACCACCACCGCCGUGAUUACGUUGUUUGACCAGAACGACAACCAGCCCGAGUUUGCCAACGCCACCUACACGCUGACUGUGGCAGAGGGCAUGCCUGCGUGGACGCGCGUCGGCGCUGUUGUGGCACAGGACCGAGACAGCGACGCCAACGCCAUCAUCGCAUACAGCCUGUCUGGCAGUGGCGACGAGGCGCUGUUCUGGGUCAACGGGAGCACCGGUGAGAUCUUCGCCACCGCCGAGUUUGACAGGGAGACAAAGGACGCGUACACGUUCACCAUCACCGCGCGCGACCCUGACGCAACGCGCUUCCUGUUUACAGACUCUGCGUCCGUGACUGUCUUGAUUGAUGACGUCAACGACAACACGCCGCAGGUGCAGGCGGAGUACAGUGCGGAUGUGCGUGAGGACGCUGCGCUGGGCACGCUCCUGGUGACGGUUGCGGCAACAGACGGCGACAUCGAUGACAACGCCCGCAUCACCUACACCAUCGCCACAGCCAGUGGCAGUCUGCAGGUACCGUUUGCUGUGGAUGCGGUGAGCGGCGAGGUGACGGUCGCUGGUGCACUUGAUCGCGAACAGCAGGAGCUGUACGUGUUUGAUGUAGUGGCCACAGACAACGCCGCCAGUGUCGACCAGCGGCGCUCAGCCCGCACCACCAUCAGCAUUGCCUUGCUGGAUGUCAACGACAACGCGCCCGUGUUUUCGCAUGGCGAGUUUGUUGUGUUCAACGUGUCCGAGGCCGCCGCUGGUGGCGACGUCGUGGGCCGCGUGAUUGCCACAGACGCAGAUGCUGAAGAGAACAGCGUCGUCACCUACGCUGCUGUCGCUGGUGACGGCAACUCACUCGACCUGUUCGCGUGCGGGAGCGACGGUGUGAUUCGACUGGCCGCCGGUGCGACGCUGGACCGCGAAGAGCAGAACGAGUAUGUCCUACUGGUGGCCGCAAGCGAUAUCGGCGGUCUCAACGACACGCAGGCCGUCGUGCUGCUGGUGACGGAUGUCAACGACAACGCCCCCACGUUUGACGCACCAGCGUACAGCAUUGCUGUGACGGAGGAGGAGGAGUAUGCCGCCACGUCCGCCGGGGGCGAGGUGGUGCUGCUGCAGGUCACUGUGAACGACGCGGACCUUGGCACCAACGCGGCGGUGACGUUCAGCGUUGAAGGCGUGGGGGCAGAGCACUUCACCUUUGAGGUGGUGGACGUGAGCCCCGACAGGAGUGACAGCACAACGACCACGGCGCGGCUGAGCAUCAGCACGGCGCUUGAUCGCGAGACCCUCGGCUCCAACUUUACACUGACGCUGGUGGCGACAGACAGCAGUAGUGAUGGUGGAAGUGGUGGUAGCAAUGAUGUGACGUUGCCAUCCACGCCCUCAUUCCCUGCACUACGCGGCACAGCCCGCCUGCACGUGAUGCUUGCAGACAUCAACGACAAUGCACCCUCGUUCACGGCCCCAGAGCCGUUUGUUGCGCACGUGCGCGAGGAUGCGCAGGCUGGGGCGCUGGUGACGACGAUUGUCACCCACGACCCCGACGAAGGGCUCAACGGUGUUGUGCGCCUGUUCCAGACCACGGCCACGUCCGUCUUUUUUGUGAACACGUUCACGGGCGAGGUGCGCCUGCUGGUGUCUGACCUUGAUCGGGAAACAACGGACACCUACGAGGUGACGGUGGUGGCGGAGGACCGGGCCGCCGAUCCCGACGCGCGCCAGGCCACAACCGCCACCCUUGUCGUGCAUGUGACCGAUGUCAAUGACCACGCCCCCGUGUUUGAGAAGAGCGUGUACACGCAAGACGUGCGCGAAGACAUUGCUGCCGACACGCCCGUGGUUGUAGUGGCUGCGAGCGACGACGACGCCGGCCUCAACGCGCAGCUGACGUACACGCUGGACGAGGACGAGGGCGGCCUGUUUGUGAUUGACGGCAGCAGCGGCGAGGUGUUUGCAUCGCGGCCGCUGGACCGUGAGACCCGUGAGUCGUACGUGCUUGUGGUGCGCGCAACGGACAACGGCAGUGAGCAGCGGCUGAGCGCCACCGCCCGUGUUGAGCUCACGCUGCUUGACGUGAACGAUCACGCCCCCAUCUUCACCAACACGCCGUCGCAGCAGCAAGGCCCCAUUCGCGCAACCCUGCCGGAGGAUGCCGUCAGUGGCGUGCACGUGGUGACGCUGACGGCCACGGACGGCGACGCCACCGCACCCAACAACGACGUGCGGUUUGGGCUGGCUGCCAACGAGACGUGGUCGCACGCAUUUGAGGUGGAUGCUGUGACGGGCGCUGUCCGCGUGGCGACUGGAGAUGCUGGCGGCGACGUGCAGUGGUUUGAUCACGAAACCGCAGCAGAGGUCGCCGUCACCGUGCUUGUGUAUGACAUGGCAGCCGACGUUGCCGACCGACUCACCACGACGGCUCAGCUGGUGGUGGCCAUCACAGAUGUCAACGACAACGUGCCUCAGUUCACGCCACGCGAGUACGUGGUGACGGUUGUGGAGACGCAGAGCACGACUGAGCCCAUUGUUGCGCUCGUGGUGGAGGACGCCGAUCAGGGUGUCAACGCACAGGUUGAGUUUGAGAUUGCCGGUGGUAACAUGAACAGCGCCGUUCGCAUCGACGCCUCCGGCACGCUGUACCCGAACAACCUCGACUUUGAAACGGCACCCAUUCUCAACAUCAUCGUGCUUGCAAGCAACCCGGCUGGCGCGCUCGGCGCUCAGCCAAGUGCCGUGGCCACGGUUCUGAUAACGCUCACAGACGACAACGACGAGCAUCCGGCGUUUGUGGGCGCACCGUACGCGUUUGAGGUGAGUGAGGGCGCAGAAGUGGACACGCGCAUUGGCAGCGUGCUCGCACAGGACCCAGACACGGGCGCCGGCGGCCAAGUGGAGUACCUCUUGGUUGGCGGUAAUGCUGCCGGGAAAUUCAAACUCGAGGGCGGCACCCUCUUCACCGCGGGCCGGCUUGACCGGGAGGUCGUGGACACAUAUGCGCUUGUUGUUCGCGCACGCGAUCUUGGCACAGAGCAGCAGCUCUUCACAGACGUCACCAUCACUGUGACGGUGACGGACGAGAACGACAACGCACCUGUGUUUGACGAGGAAGCGUACACGGCCAGCGUGCUGGAAAGCGCUGCGCUCGGCGCACAGGUGGUGCGCGUGCGUGCGACAGACGCUGACCUGGCGGACAACGCCCGCAUCACGUACACGCUGCUUGGUGCCGGCACCACCAACAGCACCGGCAGUGCGGUGGUGGGCGCGUUUGAGAUUGACGCGAGCAGCGGGGUGAUCUCUGUUGCGCGACCGCUGGAUCGCGAGACGCAGGCCGCAUACGAGCUGACGGUGGUGGCGGUGGACGGUGGUGUGGAGGAGCUCACACGCCUCGUUGGUGUCACCAUCACCAUUGGUGACGUCAACGACAACCCGCCCUAUGUGACCAACGCCGUGCGCACCGCCUCCGUGAGCGAGGCGCUCGCCCCUGAGUCGCUCAUCCUCACCGUCACGGCCGACGACGUGGACAUUGUCGACACCGACGUUGUAUUCUGGCUGCAAGACAGCAGCGAUGACCUGUUUGCCAUCGACAGGGACAGCGGACGCGUGACGCUGCAGGGAGCGCUGGACUACGAGUCGGCACGCAGCCAUACGUUUGUGGUCCGCGUCGCCAACGCGGCAACAACCUCGCUCGACCAGUUCACGGAAGCAUCCUUCACCGUCAAUGUGCAGGACAGCAACGACAACGCCCCCGAGUUUGCUGCGGAGCUGCCCAGCGAGCUGGACGUACCGGAGAACGUGCUUGCAGGCAGCACGCUGAUUGUGGUCACGGCCACAGACGCGGACGAGGGCAGAAACAGCGACGUGACGUAUGCCCUGCGCUCCACCCACAACGAUACGUUUGCACUGGAUGCGCUGAGCGGGCGCCUGCGUGUGCUGAAACCGCUUGACCGCGAGACGCGCGACAGGUAUGCGCUGACGAUUGUGGCGACGGACCGUGGUGUGGAGCAGCAGCUGCAGACAACGUUUGACAUGCUGGUGCGUGUACAGGACGUCAACGACAACGCGCCACAGUUUGAUCAGGUGCUGUAUGAGGGCCACGUAAGCGAGGAUGCGUCUACUGGCACGGUUGUCUUGCAGGUGGUAGCACGCGAGCGUGACAUCGGCGCCACCGUCACCUACUCCAUUGUCGCUGUGCUCGCAAGCAACGACAACGGCAAUGCGAGCACAACUCAACCAGCCUCCACGACCACCUCGUCAGCCACCACCAAAACAACAACCACAACCAUAACCACAACCACCGCCACGACGAGCACUACCAGCACAACGAUGGUGCCGACUGUGUUGCCGUUUGAGAUUGACGCUGUUACUGGCGAGAUCAAGGUUAGCAUUGCGCUGGAUCGCGAGACGGUGCAGGCGUACCGGUUUGUUGUUGUGGCGACGGAUGAGGACGGGCUCAACUCCACAGCCAGCGUGCAUGUCAUUGUUGACGACGUGAACGACAACGCGCCCGCGUUUGUGCAGGGCGGCUACAGCGCAACCGUUGCCGAGAACACGGCAGGCGUUGAUCUCAUCACGCUGGCGGCGACCGAUGCGGACAGGCCCGCAACUCCAACGCAGCUCACGUUCAGCCUUGCACAAGGAGAGUGGAGCCAGCACUUUGUUGUGGACCCCGUGAGUGGCGUUGUCCAGCUGGUGCAGGCACUCGACCGCGAAGCGGUGGCCGUGGUGUAUCUGCAGGCGGUUGUCUCGGACGGCGGGCUGCCGAGUGCACGGACGUCCACUGUCGCUGUGGUGGUCACGGUGACGGACGAGAACGACAACGCGCCCGUACUGGAUGUGGCCUCCAACCCAACUGUUGUGCAGCUGCGGGAAGGUGCAGCCAACGGCACGGUUGUGGGCCGCAUUGCUGCCACAGACGCCGACGAAACAAGCACGCUCGCCUUUGCCAUUCUCAACGUGCAGACGGAACACGCGGGCAACGAGAACACGGCGGCCGCAGCCAAUGCUGAGGAGCCGACGUUUGUGACCAUGGACGCGAUGAGCGGGAUGGUGGCGCUGGCACGCGACCUGGACUACGAGGAAGCAUCCGCCGUUGUCGUGCAGGCGGUGGCCACGGACGGCGCGUUCACGUCGGGGACAUAUGUGAUCCGCAUUGAGGUGGAGAACAUCAACGACAGCCCGCCUGUGUUUGCGCAGCCGAGCGUGCAGGCAUCGCUCCCCGAGAACAACGCGCCUGGUGCUGUCAUUGCACGCCUUGCUGCGUCGGAUCCUGACGGCGCUGACUUGGGUGCCCUGCGGUACUUUAUCAGCUACUCCUCGCACCCUGGCCUGGUUGCCGUCAACGCCACAACAGGCGUGGUCAUUGCGACGCAGACCAUUGACAGGGAGGAGACGGGUGAGAUUGUUGUUCGCGUCACCGCCGAUGAUGGCGGAAGUGAUGGUGGCAACCGACGCCGUCGUGAUGUCCUCAAUUCCACUUCCACCACGACUGCGACUGCGACUGCAACCACCAUCGUUGCAGGCAAUGACACCGUUCAGCAACCAACAACAACAGCCACAACCACAGCAGCAACAACUGCUUCCGCAACAGCAACAACAGCCACAGCCACAGCAGCAACAACAACAACAACAACAACAACAACAACAACAACAACAACAACCCCUGUCGCCAAUGACGUGUGCUCCAGGUUUGUCACGGCCAGCGAAUGUGAGGCCGUGGCUGCGUGCGUGUUUGCUGGUGCGUCGUCUGUGUGCUUCAACGCCAGCGAGCCCGCCCCGUGUGAGCUGCUGUUUGAGAGCAACUGCACCGCAUAUGGAUGUGAGACAGACCCUGCCCUCAGCAAUCGAUGCCGCCACAUUGGCCAGCGGCUGCCCUGCAGGGAGUACCCGACAAACGAUACGUGCCCCGAUGAUUGCGUGUUCAUGGCAACGCCGCUUGCGGGCGGGCUGUGUCUGGAGCAGGGCGAGCCGGUGCCUUGCUUUGCGUUUGACGUGAACACGUGUCCAUCUGACCGCUGCGCUCUGCAAGGUGGAGCCUGCGCCGUCAAGGCGGACACAACAGCAACGACCACCAUUGCCCCAGGCAGCACCCCUGUCGUCGGCACCACCACCACCACCACCACAGCUACUGCUAUUGCUACCGCCACGACGACAAGCAACAAUAACAUCUCCACCGCGGACAGCUCAACGCGCAUGAUGGUGAAUGGAACAGCUGCAUCUUCCACAACACCAACCACGACACCCGUAGUUGCGACCACGGCAACAACCGCAAGCACCGUGGCCACGCCAAGCACCACUGGCGUCACAACACCUGUGCAGACAACAACAGCAGCCACAACAACGGCGUCUGAUGCCGGUGUGGCGUGCGCCGGCCUGUGCACGACAGUGACCCUGACCAUCACGGUGGAGGACAUCAACGACAACGCGCCCGUCAUUGUGACACGCGACGUGCUGCUUGAGGUGCGGGAGGAUGUGGCAGUUGGCAGCAACAUCACACACGUGGUGGCCGUUGACGAGGAUGAUGGCGCCAACGCCGAGCUGUUCUUCCGCUUCACGGCUGCGCAGAGCGUGUUUGCGAUUGAGCCGAGCACGGGCGCGAUCACGCUCGCGGCUCCACUCGACUUUGAGACAACGACGCUGUACCAGCUGACAGUGGAGGUGGACAACACAAACACGUACGACGAUCCAACACAGAUGGACGCGACCACGGUCACCAUUACCGUGCUGGACACCAACGACAACGCGCCCGUGUUCACGGAGGGCGGCAGCUACGCCAUGAGCGUGGCGGAGAACGAGGGUGUUGGUGCCGUCGUCGGGCGCGUGCAGGUGACCGAUGCCGACUCUGGCGUGAACGAGCUCGUAUCAUUUAUGCUCGUGGGCGGGCGCGCUGAUCUGUUCAGCGUCAACCCGGUGUCGGGCGUCGUCACGACGCUGCAGCCGCUGGAUCGCGAGGUGCAAGCAGAGUACGCGCUGACGGUGCUGGCCUUGGAUCAGGGCUCCCCACAGCUGUCCACCAAUGCAACGGUGACCGUGACCGUUGGCAACGUUAACGACAACGCGCCGCAGUUUGACCAGGCCGUGUACCGCGUUGAGGUUGAUGAGCGACGCGGCACAACGGGGGCGGUGGUGCCGCUGCGUGCAGUCAGGCUCACCGCCACGGACGGUGAUGGCGACGCCAUGGUGUUCUCGCUCGCCCCAACGCCGUUUGCGCAGUAUGUGCAGGUGUUUACCAACGGCGACGUGUUUGUGACGCCUUCGUUUGACCACGAGCAGCUGACACAGUUCAACGUGACUGUGGAGGUGACUGAUGUGGUCGCGGGCGGUGCCGGCAGCGGUGCGGGAGCACCCAUGACCACCACCGCUGUUGUUGUCGUGGACAUUCAGGACAUCAACGACAGGGACCCCGUGUUCCUCGCGGACACAUACGUGGCGACGGUGAGCGAGGCGGCAAGCGUGGGCACGCCCGUGGUGCGUGUGAGCGCGAGCGAUGCAGAUGCCUCCAACGUGGCCAUCCGCUAUGCGCUGGACGACGGCGGGCUGAGCCCCUUUGACAUUGACGAGGCGUCGGGCCUGGUUGUCGUUGCGGGCAGCCUGGAUCGCGAGUCUGCCGGGUCGUACCAGGUGACCGUCUCUGCACGGGAUGACGGCGAUCGCACGGGGUUUGCGUCUGUUGUCAUCACCAUUGCCGAUGUGAAUGACAACGCGCCGCUGCUGCCGCCGUCGCCGCUGGAUGUUUCCGUCCGGGAGAACGCGGAUGCCGGCACGCUGGUGACCACCAUUGUUGCGACGGACAGCGACGCCGGCGCCAACGGCCAGGUGUCGUACUUCCUCGACUACGCGCGCAGCACGCUGACCCGGGCUGGCACGGGCGCAACGCAGGCUGGCUCUGAAGCCACGAUUCCGUUUACCAUUGGCGAGACCAGCGGGCGGCUGGCGGUGUCUGGCAAUGUGGAUCGCGAGGCGGUCACCGCGUACACGCUUGUGGUGUUUGCUGUGGACGGCGCGACGGGAACCGACCAAGCACGCAGCCAGGACUUGGUCGUGCGCGUGGCUGUUGGUGACGAGAACGACAACGCCCCCAUGUUUGCGGCCAGCACCACCGCCGGCGCAAGCUUUGACGCCACAAGGGCCACCUACCAGGUGUCUGUGCAGGAGGACGUGUCGGUGGGAAGCGAGGUGCUGCUGCUGGCGGCGACAGACGCAGACGAGGGCGCCAACGCCGCGCUGACGUUUGCUCUGGUGAGCAGUGGCGGUGCCGGUGUUAGUGUCUCCAGCAGCGGCGCCAUCACACUCACGUCCCCGCUGGACCGCGAGACAACGGCUCAAUACGAGCUGGUCGUGGAGGUGCUUGACGGCGGCAGCCAGCCGCUGGGCGCGCGCGCAACCGUGCAGCUGACUGUUCUGGACGUGAAUGAUGUGACGCCCGCGUUUGUGCCUGCAAGCAUUGCCGACCUCGUGCUGUCCGAGGACCAGGCGCCGGGCAUGGUCGUACGCACGCUUGCUGCUGUGGACAAUGACGAGGGCAACAACGGCGACCUUGUGUUUGCGCUCAUCACGGGCGUGGACACGCUGUCCGCUGUGAGCGGCCCAUUCAGCAUUGACGCGUCGACGGGCGACGUGUAUGUGAGUGCACUCGACUACGAGCAGAUGAGCGCGAUGCAGCUGCGCGUGUAUGUGACAGACAAGGGCCAGCCGUCGCGGUCAGCCACCGCAAGCAUCGCCGUCAGCAUUGUGGAUGUAAACGACAACGCGCCCGUUGUGUCCGCCGUGCAGGCGCGCGCCACGCUGGAGGUGUCGGAGGCCAUUCCCGUGACGGGCGCCGGGCUCUUUGGUGUCGCGGUCACAGACGCCGACGGCACGCUGCUCAACUCGGACAUUUCCAUUUCGCUGCAGACAACGCUACUGACAGGUGGUGGUGAUGCGGGGGAUGGUGGUGAUGAUGAUGCGGUUACAACGACGACGACGACGACGACGACGACGAGUGGGAAUGUGAAGCUUACACUGGACAGCGGUUCCGUGGGCAUUGUGGCGCAGGGCCGGGAGGCGAUUGUGAUUGCCGAGGACCUUCAGUAUGACGCCACUAGCACCAGCACCUACACCGUGACGGUGAGCGCAAGCAACCCGCGCGCAGCUGCCAGCGACGUGGUGACAACCCAGGUGAACGUGCAUGUGCUUCCGUUCCUGGACCAGACCACGCCCGCCGAUGCCUCGGCCGUUGUCUUCAACAUGGCCGUUCCAGACCCCUGCCUCGACUACCCAGAUGCCGACUAUUGCCGCAACCUCGGCCGCAGCGCCAGCAACAGGCUGCGGUACGAGGUGUGGACGCGACGCAACUUCAACUGCGAGCCUGCGCUGUGUAACGACCAGGAGGUGGUCGUGGCUACGGCAUCGUCAUCGGCAACAGCGUGCAUGUGCCGCGUGUUUGGCAAGGGCGACGCAGGCUACUCCGCUGGCGUGAGCACAUACACACUGGACGGCCUGCUGCCAGACACGACAUACGAGUUCCAGCUGCGGGCAUAUGACAGCAGCGACGCCAAGGUUGGCACGUCUGCCUUCUACCCGCUGCGCACCACGCAGUUUGCGCCGACGGGCGUGGCGCUGGUGCGGCAGAACGACGGCCUGUACAACGUGUCGUGGCAGGCGCCGCGCCAGCCCAACGGUGCGCUGGUCGGCUACCGCGCGUGCUACUGCGACGCAAGCAUCGCCCCGGCCACGUGCGCGUGCGGCAUUGCGGGCGCCGUGCAGGUGCCACAGGGCAUCACCACGCGCACGUGGGUUCUUGCACCGGACGACGGAUCCGUGCUGCCGGCCAAUGAGGAGUACACGUUUGUUGUCGAGGCCGUCACCACGCUGAGCGACGGCACGCCGACACAGGAACGGUCCAACACCGUGUCCACAACACUGGCGGUGAACGAGGACGACGUGAACAGCGGCGGCGGGGGCAGCGGCAGUGGCGGCAACACGUCAGCCAGCGGCAGUGCAAACGCGCUUGGCUCUGGCGUGAUUGCCGGCAUUGCGCUCGCCGGCGUGCUGCUGGUGUUGCUGGUGAUUGUGAUUGUUGUGCAGCUGCAGCGUCAGAACCAGCGGUCUGGCAUGACCGACCUGGCGCGCUUGUACGGCAACGGCGGUGAUGGCGGCAGCACAGGUGGUGGCAAGCGCCCACCGAGCAUGUUUGUGGACAACGGCAACCUGUUUGAACUGCCGGUUGUUGGCGAGGAGGGCGUGAUGUUGAACAGCAGCAGCAACAACAGUGGCGGUGCCGGCCACCCGUCUGGUCUGCUGAUGGAGAGCACCUUUCAGGGGCACAGCGGCGCACCAGGCAAUGGCAUGUCCAGGGUGAUGCUGGUUGGGGGCAGCGCUGGUGGCGCCAUGAACGAGAGCGAGGACCACGGCUUCUGGGACUACUACGUCAAGGAGCGAGCAGACCAGUUCCUCGCCGGCGCACACGGGCACAACGCCUCUGCAUCGGGCAUGCAGGGCGGCAACGCCUCCAACACGACGAUGGCGCCCUGGCCACAGCAGGGGCAGGAGCCAAGCAUGCUGCACCACAAGCCGCUGGUGCUGGAUGGAGAUGACGGUGGCGGCCUCAACACGACCAGCACCAACACCGACGCCAUGGUGGCGGAUGCAUCCCAGCAGCAACAACCUGAUGCAUAUGGCAGCAGCAGCAGCAACAGCAGCGACAACGCGGCCACCAACGAGUACAGCAGCAGUGCGCGUGCGUCCCGCGGGUCGUUUGGCCUGCGCGCCCCGCGUGUGCUUGGCAACGGCCUUGGCGGCAUACAGGUGGCGACACGCGCCAUGCGUUCGGACAGCAUCGCCGGCGUUGUCACGGGCAAACAGGUGAUGGAGGCCGCGGAGCAGGAUGGGGUGCGGGCGCAGGCUGGUGUACGCUUCCGCGGGACACAGGCGAGCGGUACGCGCAUUGACGCACGCGAUGUGGAGGUUCGCUUCCACGAGAUGCGGCAGAAGGGCGCUGUGGACGUGGAGUUUGAACGCCUGCAGCAGGAGAGCGCCCACCACACGUUUGCCAUGGAGGUUGGCACGCAGACGUACAACGUGCGCAAGAACAGGUACGGCAACGUGAUACCGCUGGACGACACGCGCGUGCUGCUCAAGGCCACGGGCCAGCUCGGCUCCGACUACAUCAACGCCAACUACAUGCCGAGCAUGAAGCGCGCGCCGGCGUUUGUGGUGUCGCAGGCGCCCGUCCCAGCCACGAUUGCGGACUUUUGGCGCAUGGUGUGGGAGCAGCGCGCAGGUGUGGUGGUGAUGGUCACGCGCGAGGUGGAGAAGGGCAAGAUCAAGUGCCACAAGUACUGGCCAGACGCGCCUGCCAACGGCAGCCCGGGUGGCACCGACAACGAGCACGGUGGCGAUGGCGUCAUCUACGCUGGGCGGUUUGAGGUGCGGCACGUGCAGCGGCAGGUGGACGCCGACGGCGGCUACGAGCUGCGCACAUUCUCUGUCCGCGACCCGGAGGCUGGGGAGACGCGUGAGAUUCGGCACUUUGCCGUGACGAGCUGGCCGGACCACGACGUCCCAGAGUCUGCUGCCGCCAUCAUCAAGUGCGUGCUUGACGUGCGACGCGCUGUGGAGACGCAGCGCACGGCUGGGCUGCACGGCCCCGCGGUCGUGCACUGCAGCGCGGGCGUUGGUCGCUCUGGCGUGUUUGUUGCGCUGCACAACUGCAUGCAGCAGCUUGAGAUGCAGGGGGCCGUGGACGUGUACGCGACGGUGCUGUACAUGCGCACGUUCCGCGCUGGCAGCGUGCAGACGCUGUCGCAGUACCGCUUCAUCUACGAUGCCGUGCUCGCCUACUUCCGCAGCAACGCCCCGCAGCUCCUGCAGGUGGGCACAACCGCCCAUGGUGGUGGUGGUGUCGGUGUUGAUGGUGGUGGCGCUGGUGUUGAUGGAGGCGGCCUUCACAACGUGUCUGCUUCGAUGGCGCGCGGUCAGCCCGUGACACGUGCACCGACGGAUGACGUGGCCGCUGAUCCAGAAUACCUCAUCCAUGCCCUGGCACAGAUUUGAGUGCUUGAAGAUUGGAGUUUGAAUAGUGAGUGUGUGUAUGUAUGUAUGUGUGAAUGUGUGUGUGUGUAUGUUUGUAUGUGUGUAUGUAUGUGUAUGUGCGUGUGCGUGUAUGCAUGCAUGUGUGUGUGAGUGUGUGUGUGUGUGUGGCUUUUUUCUUUUGUGGUUGUGGUUAUGGUGUGGUGGCGAGUACGUGGGUGGCUUGGAUUGUGCGUUGUGCUUGAACCGUCGAUUGAGCGAUAGUCGGCCUGUACGUGUGCUUGCGAGUGAGAGAGCGUGGAGAUUGGCGGAAGGACUGUC